GGGGCUAUGUGGGCGUGGUCAAAUGAUACCUCAUCUGCUAGCUUGCUGCUGUUGCUAAAUACCGUACCACUCGAAAUGUAGCCCUGCAGGACGCGAUUGUUUUUCUUUAUUAUUAUUAUUUUGGCAACAAGAACCAAAGAGAAAUGCUGAUCAACAAAAAACUUUGAUCAACAAAAACAGUUUCCAUUUUUCUGACAUGAGUGUGCAGACAUGCACAUCCUAAAACGAGCAUACAUGCUCAUGGCCAGAGUCAGUAUGUUCAGAUCCCUUCAGUUUUUGCUGAUCCUAGCCUCUGUUCUGGCUGUGGUGACGUUCUACUACUUUGGCUCAGAGAAUCAGAACUUCUCCAGUACCACCAAGAGGAUGAAACUGUCUCAGGCUAGCCGCAAGAACAAUGGAAAUAAUGCAGACCUGACCGUGGAUACCAGGUUCUCACAACUUGACAGAUCCAGGGAGAAGGAAACGUCAGGGAGUGAUGCUUUUCCAUCCAGAAAGAGUGGCGACGAGACUUUGGACCAACACUUCAAUGUUCUUAUGAUGUUCACUAAAGUGGACAAAAACCGCAGCCUCCAGGACAAGUUCAGGGUGGCCAUGUUGUCUAUGGUCAAGUAUGCACAGUUCUUGGAAGGAGAGGUGUUGGUGCUUCAUUUUGUGAGUGAUCCAGCCAGUAAAGCACUGGGAGAAAAAAUGCUUCGGGAAUUUCUCACAAAUGCAACAUUCAAGUUCGAGGUGUUGUUCCAUGAUGUGGAAGUCCUUACUCACAAGCUGUUCCCAAUUGUGGAAGCCUUGCAGAAGCACUUCAGUGCUGGCUCCUGGGCUUAUUACAGCGAUGCCAUCUUCUUCUUGUCUGUAGCCAUGCAUCACAUCUUGCCCAAAGAUUUGACACGCAUUGUGCAACUUGACAUCGAUUUGAAGUACAGGACCAACAUCAGGGACCUCUUCCAGGAAUUUGACCGCUUCCCACCAGGAGCCGUACUCGGCAUCGUCAGGGAAAUGCAGCCAGUGUACAGACACACAUUCUGGCAGUACCGCAAGGAAAACCCUCAAACCAGAGUGGGUGACCCCCCGCCCGAAGGUCUCCCCGGCUUCAACAGUGGCGUGAUGUUACUGGACUUGGCUGCCAUGAGGGCCUCCGCUCUCUACAACCAACUCCUGGAUAAGCGAAACGUGACCAAGCUAGCUGAAAAAUACAGCAUCAAGGGCCACCUUGGGGACCAAGACUUCUUCACUGUGAUCAGCAUGGAGCACCCAGAACUGUUUUACAGCCUGGCGUGUGGUUGGAACCGGCAACUGUGUACCUGGUGGAGGGACCAUGGCUACCGAGAUGUCUUUCAGUUGUAUUAUCAGUGUGAUGGACCCAUCUAUAUCUACCAUGGGAACUGUAACACCUCCAUACCAGAUGAUUAAAUACAGAUGAUAAAAAUGCAGUAUUGUUUAAUAUAAUUGAAGACUUUCCCCCUCACAAAUCAUCAGUGGAUUUGUCAUAACAGACUCUUUGCCCUUUGCUGGUCGACGGGUUGCUAAGACCUUUUUCCUUUUCCUGAUAACUUGCACCAAUGUCUCUGUAGACUAAUCAUGCAAACUCAGAUUCAAAUUGCCUGUUAUUGUUAUUAUGUUUUCCUCACAUUCAGUAGUUUUUUGUCAGCUUCUGCCUUUCUUUUACUGGCAAAUAUUAACUGUGACCCAAAUAAAACCACUGACCCACUUUUGA